AUGGAUCGCAACGACAACCAGCGCGAUCUCGGCGCCGCCAACAACCUGCAAGGUCAUCUGCAGCAACAGCUCAACCUCAACGCUUCCGGCCAGGCACGCAACAUGUUUGCUUCCCGUCCCGUCGGCCUCGCCAGUCUCGGCGAGGAUGCUGAAGCCACCACCGACUCCGCUCAUCCUCAGCAACCCUCCAACUACAACCGUCAGCAAGCCCCUCGCUUCGCAGGCAACGCCGCCUUCCAGAGCGCCGUCGCUCGCCACUCCAACCAGUCUGGCGCCGCUUCCAACUCGUCCUCCGCCGCCGACUUCCGCGCCAAUCUCUCGCACCAGCGUCAGCUCAGCCUCCAGAGUCGUUUCGCCGACCUCGGUUACAAUGUCGGCGGCUCCGGCAUCGGUCCCACCCCCAGCGAGGCCGACGAUAUGACCGACGACGGCGCCAGCUCCGUCGGCUACGGUGCCUCUGCCUUCGAUCCCACGCGUGGUCAGCGCGGCCACGCCUCCGACUUCAGCUUCGGUUCGUCGGGCACCGCCUCCCACCGCCGCACUGGUAGCGACAUGAGCGGCUUGCUCUCCAACCGCUCCGGUCACCAUCCUGCCGCCAGCGUCGGCGGCAACGCCAACUCCCUCUCCGCCCAGAGCCAGAUGCUUGCCGAACAGCAGAUCGCGCUCCAGCAGCAGAUCGAGAUGCUCCAGCUCCAGCAGCAGCAGCUCAUGCAGUCCGCCGGUCUGCCGCGUGAUGGCGCCUCGGCCAACCAGCUCAACGGCGCUCCGCACGCUUUCGGAGGCCACCGCCGCAUCCAGAGCCACGCCCCUCGCUCCGGCCCCAUGGGCAGCUUCUCCACCGGCAACUCUUUCAACGCCGGUCUUGGCGCCAAUGCCAACUUUGUGCCCAGCCAGCCCGUCUCGCAGCCACCCAUGCUUCCCCGCGGUCAUGGCCGCAGGCACUCGGUCAAUGUCGUCAACAAGGCCAACCAGCAGCACCAGCAACAGAAUCGACAGCCAGACGCACAGCAGCUCCAGCAACGUCGUGACUCGCCCAACGCCGACGCCGCCCACUCGACCGGCCCAGUCAUGCAAGCCAACCCCGAUUUCUCGUUCCCGAGCACUGCCAGUGCCCAGCGCGCCGCUCAGCCCGCCUACCAGCCUUCGCAGCCUACCGUCGGUCAUUACAGUCGCCCUUCGGCUCAGCUCACCGACCUCUCUCAGGACUACCUCAUGGCCGGAGGCGGGUUGGUCAGCUUCAACUCCUUCGGCAUGGCCGGCUCCAUGAACGAGCUUGCCGAUGGGUUUGGAGGUGCCGGCGCUGGCGGUCCCCGCGGUCACGGUCGUGCCAACAGCACCCAGUGGCGCAUGAACGGCGCUCAGGCUCCGCAGCUCGUCGACCUCGCCCAGGCCCAAGCCCACCUCGCCAUGCUCCACCAGUUCCGCGAGUCGGCCGCCGUCACUGGCCACUAUCGCGCCCCGUCGCUCGGUGGUGGAUUCAACCCCAUGGCCGGCGGUUUCGGCGGCAACCAGUUCGGCGGCGGCAUGGGCGGACCUGGCGGUGGACCGGGCGCCGUCCAGCGCAAGGCUCUCUUUGGCAACUAUCUGCCGCAGGGUACGCUGCCCACGCUGCUCGCUCACGGCAAGAUCGUCGUCGGUGUCCUGCGCAUCAACAAGCGCAACCGCAGCGACGCCUACGUCUCCACCGAGGUGCUCGACAGCGAUAUCUUCAUCAGCGGUUCCAAGGACCGCAACCGCGCGCUCGAAGGCGACCUCGUCGCCGUCGAGCUGCUCGACCCCGUCGAGGUCUGGACCGUCAAGCGCGAGAAGGAGGACAAGAAGAAGCGCAAGGAGGAGCAGAGCGGCCAGUUCUCCCGCAAGCCUGACAAGGCCAAGGACGACCUCGAGGUCGAGGGUGCGCAGCUUCGUCUCAUCGAGGACGAGGAGGAGAACGAGCAGAGCCCUCCUCCGCUUGCAGGCCACGUCGUCGCCAUUGUCGAACGCUCGCCCGGUCAGCUCUUCUCUGGCACCCUCGGUCUUCUCCGACCCUCGUCGGCUGCCACAAAGGAGAAGCAGCAGGCCGAGAGGGUUCAGCGCGAAGGCGUCAGCGCCCUUGCUCCCGAAGUCAAGCCGCGCCCCAAGAUCAUCUGGUUCCGUCCAACCGACAAGCGCGUGCCUCUCAUCGCCAUCCCUGCCGACCAGGCGCCCGAGGACUUCUGGGCCGAGGAGGGCCAGGAGAGCUUCAACUCUCGCCUCUUUGUCGCCUGCAUCAAGCGAUGGCCCAUCACUUCGCUUCACCCGUUCGGUGCCCUGGUCGAAGAGAUUGGCGUCAUCGGCAACGUCGAGGCUGAGACGCAGGCGCUGCUCAAGGACACGCUCAGCUCCGCCACCGAGGCUUUCACCGAAGGCGCGCUCAAGUGCCUCCCCCCUCUCCCGUGGAAGAUCCCCGAGAAGGAGUACGAGACUCGCAAAGACUUCCGUUCCAACCGCGUUUUCACCAUCGAUCCUGAGACGGCCAAGGACCUUGACGAUGCCGUCCACGUCGUGCGUCUCGACAAUGGCAACUUCGAGGUCGGCGUCCACAUCGCCGAUGUGUCGCACUUUGUCAAGCUCGGCUCGAGUCUCGAUCGCGAGGCUCGCAAGCGCGGCACCUCGGUCUACCUGGUGCAGCGUGCGAUCCCUAUGCUCCCUCCCACCCUGAGCGAGGAGCUGUGCUCGCUGGUGCCGGGCGUCGAGAGGCUCACCUUCUCUGCCGUGUUCACGAUGAACAAGGAUGCGCAGGUGCUCAGCAGCUGGUUCGGCAAGUCGAUCAUCAGGUCGUGCGCCAAGCUCGCCUACGCCGAUGCGCAGAAGGUCAUCGAGGGCGGCGAGCUGCCCAAGGACAAGAUCAAGGAGCACAAGUCCAAGGACAUCGCCGACGACAUCCUCGUUCUGCACCAACUCGCCCAGAAGAUGCGCGCUCGCCGUUUCGAGGGCGGUGCGCUGCGCAUCGACAACGUCAAGCUCAGCUUCAGGCUCGACGAGGACGGUCUGCCCACCGAUGCAGGCAUCUACUCUUCGUACGACGCGCACAGGCUCAUCGAGGAGUUUAUGCUCCUGGCCAACUUGUCUGUGGCCCAGCAGAUCGCUGCGGGACUGCCAGAUCUGGCGCUCUUACGCCGACACGAGAAGCCGCUCGACCGACGCCUCGAAGGCUUCGUGCGACGCGCCAAGUCGAUGGGCUACGAGAUCGACAUUUCGUCCGGCGGUGCCCUCCACCGCAGCCUGCGCGAGAUCAAGGACGACUCGGCACGACAGGCUCUGCAGGCGCUGGUGACCAACGCCAUGAUGAAGGCCAAGUACUUCUGCACGGGCAUGGUCGACAUUGCCAAGUACCAGCACUAUGCGCUCAACGUGCCUGUGUACACGCACUUCACCUCGCCCAUCCGCCGAUACGCCGAUCUGAUGGUGCAUCGCCAGCUCGAGACGGUGCUGGCGGGGCAGGACAAAUUCAGCGUGGACCGCGAGGCGAUGGCCAAGAUCGCACAGCAGUGCAACGUCAAGAAGGAUGCGGCCAAGCUCGCGCAGGAGCAGAGUGCGCACCUCUUCCUGUGCUUGCUGAUCCACGACCUCACCAUGCGCUAUGGUCCCGUGGUGCGACCGGCGACGGUGAUGGGCGUGCUCGACGCCGCCUUUGACGUGAUCGUGCCCGAGUUUGGCAUCGAGAAGCGCGUGCACGUCGACCAGAUGCCCAUCGAGAAGCACGUGCACGAUGGCGAGACCAAUGCGCUUUCGAUCCACUGGAAGCCCAACGUGGACGUGAUUGCGUGGCUCGCCGAGACGUCGGACGACGUGCACGUCAAGAAGCUGCAGGAGGUGGCGCAGCAGCACCAGAUGAUGGAGAUGACCUCGCAGUCGCAGACGGACGAGGCGGCGCUGUUUGCCGAUGAUGACGACGACGAGAACAACGAGAGCUCGACGGCGGCCUUGGUGCGUCAGCACAACAUCGAGGCGGCCAAGACGUCGCAGCAGCGUGCUAGGAGCCUCAACAAGCCGGCGCUCCAGUUUGAGGGCCUGCACGAGACGCCCGGCGGCCAGAGGAUCCAGACGAUCCAGGAACUCAUGCAGGUGCCUGUCAUUGUCACCUCGGACAUGUCCAAGUCGCCGCCGGUCCUCAAGGUGUUUUCGGUGAACCCGUUCGCGGCCACUUUGCAGGCGUCGAAUGCGCUGCACAACUAA